CUGAGAGUGAGAACAAGAGACAGGGAGUGGGAGAGAUAAGGUGCACUGCCAAUAUAGACUUAAACAAGAAACAGAGAGAGACAGAGAGAGAGGUUGAAAAACUGUCACCAGAAAUCUGAUUGUUCUUGGUCUUGAAAAUGGCAUGCAGUCUGGCACGGUUGCUCAGAGAUUAUCUGACUGAGUGGCUGAUUCACCAAAACCGCCUGGUGACCAAAGAAGGCCAUUGCAACAUUGAGUAUGCCAAUGUAAGGUACAAAAACUGGUUCAAUUACAUGUUAGACAUUUGGACCACUUUAGUAGAGAUCCAUUGGACGUUUCUUAUAUUCUUUUUUGUGGCUUCAUUCAUUCUUACCUGGUUUGGAUUUGCACUUUUGUGGUACUGGGUUGGUGGUACCAAUGGUGACUUGUGGUGGCAAAACCCAUCAGCUAACCACAGUGCAUGUGUGAUUAAUGUCUAUGACCUUACCACAGCCUUUCUUUACUCACUGGAGACACAGACAUUUAUUGCUUAUGGCCUGCGAGCCAUUACCACAUUGUGCCCAGGUGCCGUUGCUGUCUAUGUUUUCCAGGUUAUCCUUGGUACUAUCAUUCCCUGCUUUUGGGGUGGGGUGGUAAUGGCCAAACUCUCACUGCCCAAGAGAAGAGCCAAAGCAAUCAUGUUUAGUAAGAUGGCUGUCAUCUGCUCUAGACAAGAUACUCUGUGUCUAAAAAUACGAGUGGCCAACUUGCGCAAAUCAUUGAUGAUUGGAACCAAAAUAUAUGGCAAGCUUAUUAAGACAACAACCACACCUGAAGGAGAAACCAUCAUCAUGGAUCAGGUCAACAUUGAUUUCAGUGUAGAAACUGGGAAAGACAACCUCUUCUUCAUCUCUCCAUUGACUCUCUACCAUGUGAUAGACCAAACCAGUCCAUUCUUUGAAAUGGCGGUGGACACUCUUCAGAAUCAGGACUUUGAGCUUGUGGUGUUUAUGGACAGUGUUGCUGAAUCCACCAGUUUCUCUUGCCAAGUGAGGACUUCCUACAUCCCUAAGGAGAUCAUGUGGGGUUACCAGUUCCUCCCUAUUAUCUUCCGCAACAGUGAUGGAAAGUAUUGUGUAGACUUUUCUAACUUUGCUAAAGUUAUGCGCAUGGAAACACCACACUGUUCUCACUGCUUUCACAAUGAGAAAGCGCAUCAACGCUCUGGAGAUGGCACUGACAAUGAGGGUUUUGGCUGUGAUUUGUGACCACUUUUCAGGAAGGUCUACCAGACAGAAAAUUAAAAUUAAACCUGAAAACAGUGAUAUUUUUAAAUAAAUUUUCCAAUGGUAAUGAGGAAAUCUCUGCUUACAGUGAAGGCAUUCAUUUUUUUUAUUUAGACAAAACAUCAGGUUUUCUUGACAGUAUUCAUUCAGUAUCAUCAUGUUCACUAGGCUAGCUGUGUUACUCAACUUAGAAGUUACCAAUUUAAAGCUAACACUUAGAACAUUACAUUACAUUACAUAGUACAGCCAGAAUGACAAUGCAUUUGUUUGAGUUACAGUUUUUUUGAGAAAUAGAUUUGUUGUAUUAAUCUUCAGUAGGAUAGACUGCAUAAUCAAGAAUUAUUCCCGCAUAUAAAUGCAAUUUGUGCUAUGGCCUAUAUUGUGUCUAAAGUCUUCAACUUCAGCACCAACUUUUAAGUUGUUGAACUGUACUUAAGUAGCCCUAGUAAUCCAGAUUAAUUAAAAUGUAUUGCUAUGGAUAUCUGGAUCUGUAAGCUUGGCAAAAGCAUAAAGAAGCUUUUUUCAUAUAGGUAUUCAUAGAGGUAGCCAUGGUGUAUACUUAAUAAUUAAAAAUAAUUAAAAAUUGCAUUGUGGGAAUUAAAGAGUAGGCUAGACUCAAACCUAUAACAUGAUGAAUGGCAAAACAACGUGUUCUGACUCAGCAAUGUUUUUCCCAGGAAUUCACACAAAGCGCAAGUAUCAAGUGAAUAGUAGCUUUGUUAGAAUGAAAUAGAAGUUCAGCUAUGGUUAAGGUUACCUUUAUACAUGUAUUUUACUUGAAAUUUUGUACAAAAACAUGUAUUGUGUUUGAAGGUACAAUGGAUAUAAAAAGUAUACACACCCCUGUUAAAAUGGCAGGUUUUCGUGAAGUAAAAUGAAACUAAGAAAUUUUCCCACCUUUAAUGUGCAAUUGUAAAGUAUACAAAUAAAGUGAAAAACAAUCAGAAACUUUUUAGGGAAAAAAUAAAAAUAAAAAACUUACAAUGACCUAGUUGUAUAAGUGUGCACACCCCUAAACUAAUACUUUGUUGAAGCACUUUGCUUCAGUGUUUUUGGGUAAGAGUCUGUCAGCAUGACUUAGCAAUAUUUUCCCAUUCUUUCUUCCAAAAACAUUCUAGAUCCAUCAGAUUGUAAGGGCAUCUCUUGUGCACAGCCCGCUUCAGAUCGCCCCACAGAUUUUUAGUUGGAUUCAGGUCUGGGCUCUGGAUACUUAAUUCAAAAACAUUGAUCCUCUUUUGGUUAAGCCAUUCCUUUGUUGAUUUGGAUGUAUGCUUUGGGUCACAGUUGAAUUGAAAGGUGAAAUUCCUUCUUCAGCUUACUAGCAGACAUCUGAAGGUUUUGCACUAAAAUCAGCUGGUAUUUGUAGCUAUUCAUAAUUCCACCUUGUUAAAAGCCCCAGUUCUGGCUGAAGAAAAGCAUGAUGCUGCCACCAUGCUUUAACAUGGGUAUGGUGUUCUUUUGGUGUUGUAUUGCACCAAACAUAUUUUUGGAAUUAUGGAAUUAUUAUUCCUUUUGGAAUCAGUCAAUAACACAUUUUGCCACAUGGUUUGGGGUGAUUUAGUUGGGCUUGGAUGUUUUUUGUGAUAAGGGCUUCUGUCUAGCCACCAUUCUUCACCCACAGACAUGUGAAGAAUAUCAGAGAUUGUUGUCACAUGCAGAGAGUAAUCAGUACUUGUCAGAUAUUCCUGCAGCUCCUUUAAUGUUGCCGUUGGUCUCUUGGCAGCCUCCCUCAUAGGUUUUUGUCUUGUCCUUUCAUAAAUUUUGGAGGGACGCCUUGUUCUUGGUGAUGUCACUGUAGUGCUCCAUUUUCUCCACUUGUUGAUGAUGGCCUGUUUUGGAUAUUGUUUUGGAAAUUCUUAUAUAUCCCUCUACUGGUCAAUAACUUUCCACAAGUGAAAUAUCAUACAUGCUUUGUAAGCUGUUUGCAGACCAUGGCUUCAGCAGUCAGAUGAAACCAAGAAGAUGUGAAGAAAAUCCUACAGAAACAGCUGUUUUUUAUUUGGGGUUAAUCAGAAUAAUUUCAUUGAUGACAUGCAGGAUAAUUACUAUUGAACAUGAGAUUGAAUGUGAUUGGUUCAUUCUGAACACAGCCACAUCCCCAAUUAUAAAAGGGUGUGCACGCUUAUGCAACCAGAUUAUUGUAAUUUUUUAUUUUUUCUAUUUUUCCCUAAAAUCUUUCUGAUUGGUUUCCACUUUUAUAUAAUUUUAUAUAAUUUUUAUAUAUGUUGUAAUUUCAUAUCGAGGGUGGAAAAAGUUCAGGCAUGACUUAUCUUAGUUUCAUUGUUUUCAUUACAAAAA